AUGGCGGGACAAAUCAACAUGAUACAGUUGAAAGAUUUUAAUAGCAGUUAUCCUCAAAGUAUGUCUCAGUCUGAAGAAGAGCUCUUGGCUGUUUGUUUAACCCAAAGACCAAGUCAGCAACAGCAGCAGUUAAACUCAAAUCCGAGUGCUAUUAUUACUCUACCCGUAAGCAUUGAUGCCACAUUAAGACAGGGUGGCGCUCCUGACAUGACUCCCGAGCUCUUUAUGAACACAACUCAAGGCCUCCUGGCCCACAAAAGUGGCAGUUUUAUGGGAUCUUCAGGAGGUCUUAAUCUUAGUAAUAGUAGUACAAAGGGUGGUAGUGAACUGUUCCGAACUGGUAUUCCUUCUGCCUCAAUUGACAUGAUCUUGACUAUUGUAUCGGCUCAACCUAAAUCCGAAUAUGCAUGGAAAGGAUUCGUGGUGAACGAAACUUUGUUCCUAAAAGGUAGCGGCCUUGAAAAUGUGGAUCUUCGAGAAAGUAUUGUCGCCGUAUUGGAACUCGCGGAAGAAUGCUUAAAGUGUCGCUCGUUGGUUGUUUGUCUUAAUAAGAAGGAUCCACAACUUACAACCCUUAUUCGCACUUUUAUGUACGUCGGAUUCGAAGCAUGCGCUCCUCAAGUUUUUGAUCACGAUACCGAAAAAUUCAUGCUUGUUGGAAUGGAGCUGUAA